AUGACUGCCGAAGAUGAAAAAGACGAAUCCGGAGAAAGCGCCCUUUUUUCCUCAAAACAAUCAAAAGAUAGUCUUGAUACCGUUGCUUCUGAAAAAUCCAACCAACAGCAUCCCAUAAUCAAUCAUCCAAAACCAACGGGUCCAAAGACCAAGGCUUCCUUUCUAAAAUUACCUGAGGCGAAAAACCAGACGGCUGCAUCUGGAUUAGUCAAUGUUGUACAAGAGCAGGCAGAUAAUAUCAAGGCAAUUCAUAUAAUGCCACGACCACCUUCAACGCUGUCGAUCAACUCGUUAAACCAAUUACAACGCACUGUAAAAGAGAGUCAGAAUGUGACUGAAUCUAUUGAAAGGAGAGCCCCUUCCAAAACUUUAAAGGACCAGUCAAAAGAUAGCACAUCUCUUGGUCCGUCAGAUAAGGCACCAGCAAAAAACAGCAGGGCUUCCACUGGUGCCCCCAAACAAUCCCGUACGAGUUCAAAUUCAUCGUUUAAUCAAACUCACAGCAAGGAGAAAUCAAAGUCUGGACCGUCUUCAACUGGCGGAAAUGUAUUAAAUACCAAGAAAAGUAUAUCGACCAGCAAUAACGCUGAUAAUUCCUCUGGAAUCAUUGUUGGGUCGAACCAAGUCCCAGGGAAUUCCACAGAUAAUCCCGAUUCUUUCCUUCAACAUCUACGAAAUAAGAAAUCAAGUAUUGAUAAUGGGCCCACAACACUAAGCGUAAAUUCGCUUGACAAAUUGACAGGCUCGGCACUUCCAAAGAAAAGAGCCGGGGGAAUGCCAUCUUCCAGUAUCUUAAAUCUGCGUGCAGCCAUAGGACAAGCGACGGCUGGAAAUUCUACAUCUUCAACUUCAAUUGUUCAGGGGAAAAGACCAUCUAGGGCAGAAUUUUUUGCUGCCAAGCUACAUGACGCUAUCAAGGACGAUGAAACAAAUAAAUCUGACUCUGAAGAAACAUUUGUUUAUGACAUGGCCCCGAAAAGAGUUGUCACCGGAGUUCAGAAACAAGACAAUACACAGGAGUCCGAGGAAACAACAAAGAAUAACAUUAAGGAGUUAAGAAAAAAUCGUCAACCAAGUAAUUCUGAGGAUAAACGGUCAUUAAUAACCGGAAAAUCCUCUGCCCAGAACUCGCUGCAUCGGAAAUCCAGUCUGGGUGCAUCUUUGAAUUUGAAUAUUGCCUCAUUAAGUUCAACUGCUGGUAAUAGAAUUAGUACCCACGCCAAUUUAAAUAAUACCAAUAUAUCGGAUAGCGAUUCCAGCAUGACUGGAUCAGUGAAACAUCUGGGAGAAACUCCAUUGAAAUCAACACUACCUACGGAGAAGGAUGAUCUCGACGAACUGAGUAUAAAUCCGCGUUUAACUCAAAAGAAAGAUAACGUAUCAAUGGAGUCCCCGAAACCACACAAUCAUCUUCGUGAAAUUACAUCUAGGAUUUUUGAUUCUAAAGGAGUCACACCUAGGAAAUAUUCGGGUACCGACAUGGCUGAUUUUAAUAAUGAUGAAGAAGACUAUGAAGAUGCUUAUAACAACAUUCGCUCCAGUAAGUUCAACAGUGUUCACACUGGGCGGAACCAAUUUGAUGAAAUACCGUUUACGGGAGUUCCUUCUACCAUGGAUUAUGACUCUGAUAUUGACGAUGAUCUUUCUGUUGUGGAUCAAGGGAAGUACGGAUAUAGACAUGGCCAAUAUUCUAAUUACGGCACUAUUAACUCAACAGGACAUGGAUAUGGCAGCGUUUCACAAACGUAUGGGCUGCAAAAUGGAGAGCCGGGAAAACGUCAGGGAUCGCUUUACAGCCCGAAUGAAGAUAAGUAUCGAUUGUUGCAGAAAAAAAUGGCUGAAAGAUCUAUUCGUAAUAAAAAAAGCAGCGUUUAUUUUAAUCCUCAUGAUUUCACCAGUGCACGCACAAGGAGGAUUCGUCAACUUAAAAGUUUCUGCUAUACAAUGGGUCUCAUCUGCUUGUUGCUCUCGGUUGGAUUUAUGGGGGGAUUUAUUCUGGCAACUUCAAAAGAGCUUCAGAAUACAACUAUUACCGGAGUUGAUAGUAUUUUAAUCUCGGAUGAGGAAUUUAUGUUUGAUAUGAAUGUACAAGCCUUUAAUCCGGGCGUUAUGUCUGUGACUAUUAAUAGCGCCCAGCUCGAUAUAUUCGCGAAAACUCAAUAUAUUGUCGAUGGCUACACCAUUGAAAAGGAGAAAGAUAAGAAGAAUGAGAAACCGGAAUAUACUACAGUGCUACUUGGUAGCGUGGAUCAACUUGAUAUGCCAUUAAGUUUUCAGGGUGGCUGCUUUACACGCCAGAAAGAUGAAAGUUCCACCGAGAUUAAAAUUAUAAAUCCCUGCACCUAUGAUAAUAAUGGUAGGGAUGGAAACGAUGACGACGAUGGAGAUGAUAGUAGUGGACACAAUGUCGAUGAAAGUGGGCGAAUUGAUAGUGCAAAAGAUAUACAUAGAAAAGAUAAAGGAUAUGACGCAUCGUUAUCGGUUGAACAUUCAACUCCAAGCUUACCGGAUAUUUUGCUUGACGAAGAAGAGCCUCCACCUGAAAUAAAAAAGCCAAACAUGAAAUGGUUGAACAUAUCUAGGAAUCCAUUCGAGUUAAUAGUAAGGGGAGUGCUCAACUAUCAAUUGAUGCUUUCAAGCACAAAUAAGACGGUUGCAAUCAACUACAAGACCACUGUGAAUCCAGACGAAUUAUAA